GAAAGUGGACGUUCUCCUGAAGAGGAGGUUGUAGACGGACUUGACCAGCGCCAUGACGGUUGAUGAGUGCGCACUGCGCAGGAGCGGAAGCUGGGGCACUGGACGGCAGGAAGAGGGUCGGCCCGGUCGAAAGAAGCUAGGACCUCUCUAAAGACGAGUGUAAAAGGUGAGAGGUGAGGUCUGAACACACAACCUGCAUUAUGGGCAGGAGAUACUACUGUGACUACUGUGACCGGUCCUUUCAGGACAACAUGCACAACAGGAAAAAACACCUGAACGGCGUUCAGCAUCACAGAGCUAAAAAGGCCUGGUUCGACCAUUUUAGAGACACAGCAGCCUUUCUAUAUGACGAGCAAACAAAGAAACCAUGCCGGAAGUUUCUCCAAAAAGGAAUAUGUGACUUUGGCCCAAACUGCAGGUUCUCUCACUUGUCUGAACAGGAGCUGUUUAACCUAAAAAGACAGGUGGAAGAUGAAACACAGCACAGAGAGGACUCUCAGGACAGACUGAGGCCUGGGCGAAGUGUAGAAGAAUGGCUCUCCAGAAGGGAGAAGAGGCGAUCUGCCCUCGGUGGCAAAGGAGAUCUAAAAGAUAAGGAAGACAGUGAAGAGGGCCCAACAGAAAGUGACGUACCUCAACAGCUUUUCUCCAUUCCUGACCUUCCGCCAUCACUUCUACCUCCUCCUCCGGGCGGAUGGAAAGUCAAAGUGAACACUGAAUGGGGUUGAGAGGUAUUCACCAAUGGGUGGGAAUCACUGUUUAAUGUGACAAAUGCUACAGACACAGUUGUUGUUAGGAAAAAGUUUUUAGUCGAUACUAAAAAGCUGUUUCUAUUUCUAAUUUUAAAAAUGGGAAUACAAUACUUGAAGUAGCCAGUUUAAAAUGAGUAAAAUUUAAUUUGUAUUUACUGAAAACAACAUUUUUCAAACAAAAUGUGAGACUAGGAGUUUCUAUAAGGGCAAUAAUCCUGAUUGCGUGUCGUGGCUGCACCAAUCAGCAGCUUUACAACAAAGCUCAAAUACGGGAUUGCUGAGCAGAUGGAAAGUUUUUAGUUUUGUUGUUUUAAUACUAUUUAAUCCUGAACUACAUCACUGAAGGAAUAACUGAUUUCAUGACUUUUAAUUAUCUGAAUCAGUUUUUGAAUCAUCUGUUUUACCUAAUUGUGUUAAACUCAUUCAGUUGUCUUUUAUUCAUGACUUAAUACAUUUAUAAAUUACAUUGGCCUUUUAAAAACAUCUGUUAGAUUAUUCCUCCUAACUGGGGUUGUGGUGAGAUGUAUAUACUUUGAAGUGUUGACACCAGAAUCCUCAUUAAGAUGAGAACCCACUAGUGGGUCCCUAAUUGUACCAUUUUACACUAUUCUGCUCAUCAACAGCAGAGGCAACACAACAACAAAUAGCAAUGUAAUGCAAACGUAGACUGUGAAAAAGUAGAUUGAUAGCAAGCAAAUGUGGAUGCAAACUGAAUAAUUUAAAAUCUUUACCAAAAAAAAGAAAACUGAAUGUAAACAGGAAAACUUCACAAGGUUCCUUCAAAUAAAGGAUGGUCAGUAAAACGUU